CAUGUAAAGAAUGCAUUUUUAGAAUACAACACUAUUGCCAGUAGUGCUGCAGUGAAACAUCUAUUUUCCUUGUUGGGACAUAAAACAUAGACUGCAGAAUGCUGGAUGAAAAAUUUGAAAACUUGUAUUCUGAGCCAUCUGUUAAAAAAAAAAAAGCUUUAGAAGUGUGGGAUAAUAAAGAUGAAAUGAAAACAAAGAUAUUAUUUUAAUCCAGUCUAAUAUAUUUUUUCUAUUUAUGAAUAGUUUAAAUGUAGUUAACUAGUAGUUUUGACUAUUUUAUAAAAAUAAAGUGUGUACUGUAAAGUUCACACUUUAUUUUUAUACUCUAUACUCUACUGUAAAGUUCAGUACAUUAGAGUACUGUAUAGUAACUAUAUAGUAUAAUUUGACUACUAGUUAAAUUACAUUGCCUACAUAAUGUAACUUAACUACUAUUUAUUAGUUAGUGCUCAUCAUUACUUGAGAAUGAGAGUUCAGCCAGCUCUUUUAUAUUUAUCAUGGACAAAAGAAAGGAUGAGCCAAAGGGGAGAUCAAAAUUUCAAUUUACAGAAUUCUCCACUCAUACCACUGAUAUUAUUCCUCUAUAAUAAGAGUUCAGAUAAUUUUCAAAAACUACCAAGUGAUAUAUACUUGGUGCUUUUCUUGGUGCAUAUCUCCUGCUUUCACUUGGUAAAUGCUUGUUAAGAGAGAAUUGAAUAUAGAUAUAAAUGAUUCAACUGCCCAAUUCGAAAUUUGAUACAAAAAAUUCAUGACCGAAUACAUUAUUACAGAAAUAUGGCAGAAAAAAAUUUGGUAUUUGUCUAUGGCACCCUGAAAUCUGGAGAACCAAACUAUGAUAUUCUUACUAAUGAAGACAAUGGGAUUUGUAAUUAUAUUGGAAAAGCAAAAACGUAUGACAAAUGGCCACUUGUAAUUGCUUCACGAUAUAAUAUUCCUUUCUUGCUAUAUGCUAAAAAUAAAGGAAAGCAUGUUAUAGGUGAACUGUAUUUAGUAGAUGAUGUAAUGCUUAAAAAAAUGGAUGAAUUAGAAUGCCAUCCAACAUAUUAUGAACGAAAAGAAGAAAAUGUUCAGGUCUUAGAAAGCAAGGACAAAACAUAUUGUACAGAUGGAAAGACUUUAAAGCCAUGGAUUUAUUUCUUGACAGAAUAUAAAUCUUAUAUGAUGGAACUUCCACAUUUAGAGGAAUAUUCAUCUGAAGGAUCUCAUGGCUUAAAAUAUGUUUCAAGGUAUAACAGAACUGGCCCACCAUAUAUUUUAGAAUGUAAAAAUAUUCAGCUUGAUUAAGCCUUAUUUUCUAUAUAAAAAUUAUAAAUAUAAAAUAAAAUAUUUUAAUAACU